GAGACUGCGGUAUGUUUGGAUGCUUUACACGAUUUUGCUCUGGUAUAUGAGUUCCGUGCGGCUAGUAUAUGUAGGCAAUUCUUUCUCCUGUCGAUCGGAAUUUUUAGUAUACUUUUCUAACCGGAAAAUUUUCUGCAUUAACGCUCCCAAGUCGCAUAAAUGAUACUUACCCAGCGAGUAUUGUGACUUCUGUCCCCUCGACCGUACUAGAACAAUCUUUGUCUUGUUCAGCCUACACGUUGACUGCGGCAGCCGGCCAUACACGCUAUAACAACAAUAUGACGCAGACGCAGUAAUGCUCCCGGGGCUAAUUGGUGCUAUUCAUUUGUAAAAUGAAGGGGUUUUUUAAUCCACCUUAUCAAACAUUUGAUAACACAUAGGGUAUUUUCAAGGUGAUGAAUAAAUUGCGUGCAGUGAAAAAAUAAAAUUGUAGGUAAAUAGUAAAGUUAGCUUUUACAGCUUUGGUAAAACAUUAAAACUUGAGGUCUCUGCACUAAUAUAAACAGAACACGAGGGACACUUCAAAAUUCAUCGAGUUAAAUAAGAAGACUCAUUUUAAAGAACAACACCAUACAAUAAUUAGCGUGAGUCCUGAUAACUGCAUAAAAGAUUCACGGUCUAGUUUGUAUCAUUUUUCCGUGAGUUACUAAACUAUUUCCUUUUGUGAUAAUUGCAAACAAUCAGGAUUUCUGAAGCUGCCGCCUAAAAAUUCAAACUGAACCUUCAGACAAACCUGCUUUUACGAUGUACUCACUAUUUAACAAAAAGCUCAUUUCCCAAAUCUAUUUUAUAUAAAUCUAUGUGGACCACUCAUGCAGUUCAAGGGAAGAUUUUUUGGGAUCUUAAACUCAAGGAAAACGGGUUUUACGCAGCAGAAUUGUGGAAUGAAGCAAAUGACCUUAGCGAGGUUAUAAAUAUCGUAAGAUUGACUGAUUGAUUGUUUGAUUGUCGAUAAAACGGAUCAGUUCCGGGUAAAAAAGGCAAUAAAUAUAUUUGAAAAUUAACUUUGGAUGAGCUGAGUAAACGUCUUUGAAACUCACUUCUAAGAGCACUAUUUUCAAACAAUUCGGCUCAGAAUCCAUCACGGGUGUAUAAAUUUCAUUAUAACACUAAAACGGUAGAAAAGCAAUGCCACGCGAAGAUACCAGUUGAAUUCUUAACAGCUUUUGCUGAAAUAUUUUCCAUAAUAGUUUUUCGUACAGCAUUUGGGAAGUUACUGUAGCUCAAACAAGAGAGAACGAAGAAAGAACUCGAAAUCUUCCGAAGAACAUUUUACGAAGGCCUCAACCUGCCCUCUUGUGAUGAGUCACAACACAAAUACAAACUUCCAAAGUCGCUAUGAAGAACAUAAAAACUGACAUCUAGAAGAAACUUGGUUGUAGAACAUACCUGAGAAUGAUAAUCUUUGUCACUGUUUGUUAACUGAAGUUUCAUGUGAAAUAAGCUGGUGAUGAGUUCCUGGAAGAGGGAGUCUUGAGGAGGUCUCACCUAUUCAGUUUUGAGUUCUGUUCGUCUCAUCAGAUAUGACUGAGCACCAAUGUUAUUUUUGCCGCGAAAAUUUCCAUUGGGAAAACAAAAUGGAGAAUGAAACGCAACGAUCUUUGUCUAAGAGACUUGGAAUAACAACUUUAGAUGUCUUGAAGAAAGCAGCUGAGCUGGAGCGAUUGAUGAAUGUUCGUGGUUGCUCUAUGAAUUUAACAAGUGUUUCUAAAUCUGUAAUCUGUCUCGAGAUCGCAGCGAAUAAUUCACAAGUUCCGAUGAAUAGGAAUGUUGCAAUUCAGCUUUCUGGAAUGACUAAGAAAGCUUAUAUCCAUGCCUUUAAAACAAUUGAGUGUCUGUUGGGAAAACAAAAGGAGUUUACUAUUAAAGAUCUUGCUGUACAAUUUGGUUGUAUGGAGGCUUCAGACCUGGCACAGCAAAUACACCAAAGGUAUAAACAGGAGUUUGUAAAAGAAGUAGAAGAUAUGAGUCACCCAAUAUUUAAUGCAACUGCACUUUAUACAGCUUGCAGGUAUAAGAAAAUCAAAAUAGACAAGACAAAGUUAUUGAGUGUUCUGGGGACCUGCAAAAGGUCAACAUUUGACAGUUUGUUCAAGAAGAUGGAGAAAAUACCAGACAUGCUUGAAGCCACUGAGAGUAAGAGGAAGACUUCCAAAAGAGGGUAUGGACUUCUGGACAGAGUGACUGAAAUAGUUGAAGUGUAUUUUGUUUCGUUCAUAUGGGACGUUCUUUUCCGUAGAUCAAUGUCGCUCAUCCAAAAUAUCAAAGGAGGACGAUGGAGAUACUGACUCUGAUGAUAAAGAGUAUGAAGAGUGGAAAAGACGAAUACUUGAAUCUGCAGCCAAGGCCAUGCAGUCCCGAGACAAGAAAAAUACAGACAAGGAUAAUUCUUAGUCAGGAGCCCAUUCAGUAAUGGGCUUCCUGCUCUUAGUGUUGUGUAUUUUGCUGACCGUGAUGUCCUAACAGAAUGUAUAAAGUAUAAUAGCAUUAUGUGAUCAUUAAAAUUUAUCGAUUAUCUGCGAAAGAA